AAGAUCAGUCUUCACAAGCUGCAAUUAUGGAUCAUUUAAAGAGAUUGACUAGAGAAAUAGCAACUGUAAAAUACGAUAUGAGACAAGCACUAUCUCUAUUGGAUAUUUUAGUGGACAAAAGCAACAGAAGCACAGAAUGUGAAAAUACGAGAUUUUCUUACGAAGGCGCUAAAAGUCGAUUUCCUUUAGAAACUAGAGCCCAAUUAACGGAAAUUGAGGAAAUUUUAAAAACUGCUAAUUCCCAAGAGAACACUGAAAUAGAUCCAUACUUCACAAUAUCUCGGAUUCUGAUCGAACAAAAAUACAACGAAGAGUCAUGGAGUGGUUUAGGCAUUCCAAGGCAAGAUACAAUAAUGAAAAAAGCGGACCGUUAGAGACGAAAA